AUGGCUGGCGAUAUUUCCAUAGAAAAUGUUCUUCGACGAUGCGGUGAUUUAGGUCGUUUUCAACUAAUACAUUAUAUUUUUUUAAAUUUAAUUACACUUGGUAGUGGUAUAACAACAUAUUAUUAUGUAUUUGGUGUUGCUGAACCAUCGUAUCGUUGUCGAUUACCAUUAAAUACAGAAUUAGGUGAAAGCCAAUAUCAAUCAAUAGCAUCCGGCCAACAGAAUCUUAGUAAUCAAUGGUCACACUCAUCGAAAUGUUAUGAUGUUAAUGGUUCAAUCUGUACGGAUUUUAUUUAUGAUCGAAGUGUUUUUGGUCUAACGUUUACUGAAGCCGGAAACUAUAUUUGUGAAAAGGCAUUGAAAAAAACAUGGCUUUCAACAAUGUAUCAAGUUGGAGGAUUUGUGGUUUUAAUCACUGGAUUUAUUUGUGAUAAAGUUGGACGAAGAAAAAUGAUUCGAAUAUUAACUGUCAUGUUAUUUAUGAUUCCAUUCAGUACUCAGAUACUUCUGCAAACUGUUUCAAUGGAUAUGAAUACAAAGUUUAUUAUUCUUUCCAUCAAUCAACUAUUUUCAAGUAUUGAUGCUUACCCAAUGGUCUUUCUUCUUCUUAUGGAGCUAACAUCAUCUUCUCAUACGAGUCUCGCUGGCAAUUCAGCUGUCAUAGGUUUUACUAUCGGCGAAGGUGUUAUUACAUUAUUGGCCUAUUUUGCUCGUGAUUGGUUACGUCUUAAAUGGGUCAUCACUGGCUAUUUUGCGCUGAUUUUACCCUAUCUUUAUUUUGUACCUGAAUCACCAUAUUGGCUAUUUACGAAAAAGAAAUAUAAUCAAUUAGAAGAAUGCUUAAGAAAAAUAGCUAAAAUAAAUGGCCAUUCAGAUAAUGAAUGGUAUCCAUAUUAUAAAGAAUUAAUUCAUAAUCCACGUUUAUCUAUGUUGAGUAGAAAACAUGCAUCACGCUCAAGUAAAGAUAUUAUUUUUCAUCAUUUACCACGAUUGUCUCUAUGUGCAUUGAUUGGUUGUGUUACAAUGCUUCUAUAUAUUAAAAUUUCCUAUGGCCUUGGCGCUAUGAGUGAUGCUGUAAGUCCAUACUGGAAUAUAAUUAUAGGCGCUAUUGUUGAAGGUAUUGGUUAUAUAUUAGGAAGUAUUUCCAUUACAACUCGAUUAGGACGAAAAUAUUCCUUUAUAGUAUUUUCAUUGUUUACAUGUAUUUGUGUAUUAAUCAUUCCGUUUGUAAUGGAAUCCUAUCCGAUUAUAACAAUAGUAAUAUCACAAAUAGGAAAAUUAACUAUUAGUGGUGCUGUAUUAAUAACAUGGAUUUAUGUUCCAGAAAUAUUUCCUACAUCGAUGCGUGGCGUUUCCAAUGGUGUAUUUGUUUUUACCGGACGUAUUGGUGCCAUUCUUGCACCAGUUAUUGAUGUUGCACUCGGUGAAAAAUACAUCAAAAUAACAUUCUAUACCUAUUCCGUUUUAACAAUCAUUCAAAUUAUUGCAGUUUACAGUUUACCGGAGACACGCAAUCAUUCAUUCCAUACAGAUGAAGAUGAAGAAAAUGAUCUUGAUGGCCAAAAUUUAUUUGUAGUAGGAAAAACAGAAAAUUCGAAUGCACCAGUCAAUCGACCAGCACCUAUCAUUUUACGAAAUAACAAAGUCAAUGUUCGACAUACGCAAUUUUAA